UAUAGAUCGAUUGCUAAUUCCGAGAAGAAACAUUAUCCUCUAACUUUACUAUCCCAGACUGCAAGAAUCCAAUCUGCCUCUGCAUCUCAGUAUCUCACUACUCAGAGCUCAAUCGCUUGCAUGCCAGCCUAAGUGACCGAUCCAUCCUCGGCCCUAAAGUUAAGAGUCGCGCCAAUCGCCAAUAAUUGUCGCGCGCGCUUUGGUGCCAUGUCCGCCUUCCAUGCAGUGCCCGCUGGGACUUUUAGUGCUCAGCGGCCAGAACUGGCUCUCACGGUGCCCAAUCAUACCGAAAGAGAUAAUAUCAUGGCAAAUAGCGAUUCGUCUCUGGAGGAUACCCCAGAGGAAAAUGGCCUGGAGGAAUUUGACCCUCACGAUGAGGAAGAUGUCGACGAGUCCGUGAAAGAGGACAUGAAGCGGUUGGAAGAUACGUUUCCAGGGAUAUCUGAUCGAUUCCGACUUGUCAACCGAAUAGGUGAAGGAACCUUUUCCACGGUUUAUAAGGCGGAGGAUCUCUUGUACGACCACUAUCGAAAUGACUGGGAUACGUUCCAAAACGCCCAGGACGACAAUUGGACGAACCAUCCCACGAAGCGACGCCGGGGGGAGGAAGGAAACAGUCACCCAUUUCCCGCGAGGCGACGAAAACCACGCUUUGUUGCUUUAAAGAAGAUCUAUGUCACAAGCAGUCCUCUCCGCAUCCAAAACGAACUUGAAUUGCUGCACGAUCUCCGAGGCUGUCGAUCUGUAUGUCCCUUAAUCACUGCUUUCCGCUAUCAGGAUCAGGUCGUAGCAGUCUUGCCCUUCUUCCCGCAUACCGAUUUCCGUAUCCAAUAUCGUACGUUCAUGGUUGCGGAUAUGAGACAUUACUUCCGAUCCUUGUUCACCGCUUUACAUUCAGUCCACAAGCACAACAUCCUCCACCGUGAUAUAAAGCCGACUAACUUUCUGUACAAUCCCGAACUCCGAGAGGGAGUACUAGUCGACUUUGGUCUUGCAGAACGCGAAGGCUCCGAGUACACUGGUACUUGUUUGUGUGCAAAUACAAGCCAGAUACGCCGCAGCCGAUUUCUCCAAAGCUAUUACUACACCCAUUGCGCCUCAUCUCUAAAUACCACGGCUCUGGGCUACCCAAAGAAUGACUCCCGACCUUCGAGGCGUGCUAAUCGAGCAGGAACCCGGGGAUUCCGCGCACCCGAAGUGCUACUGAAAUGCACUUCACAAACAACGAAGAUCGAUAUGUGGUCAGCUGGCGUCAUUCUCCUGACGUUACUCGGUCGUCGGUUUCCAUUCUUCAACUCAGCUGAUGAUGUUGACGCCAUGAUCGAGAUGGCUAGUAUCUUUGGCACACGCCGUAUGAAGCUUGCGGCAGCCAUGCAUGGGCAGAUAUUUGAAACCAACAUCCCGACUAUAGGGGAAAAGGGUUAUAGUUGGGAGAAACUAGUGAAAUGGGCGAGCUGUGUGGAGGAGCUGACUGAGAGUGAAAAGCAAGCCACCCGUCUUUUGGCUGGGCUCAUGGAACUGGACCCUUACAAGCGUCUCAGUGCUAAAGAGGCCUUGCAGCACGAAUUUUUCACUGAUCCUAUAGAUCACGAUGUGGAGUGGGGAGGUAAUCCAGAUGAUAGCGGUGAUACUGGCGAGGAGGGCGAUAAAGAUGAUGAUGAGGCAGACGAUGCAGCAGAUGAGGUAGCAAUGAUAUAAAUAUCCUAGAAAAAAUAUGUAUAACGAAGAAUACUCAUCAGUCACCUAG